GCUCUUCUGGCUGCAGCGCUUCGUCCUCGAGGAAAAAAGAAAGCGAUUGUCGACGAAGCUCAAGAUCAAAAGAAGAAUUGUAUCCUGAAGCUUGAAAGUUGAAGGUUGAAGGUUGAAAGUUGCGAAAAGAAUAGGUCAGAUGGUCCCGCGCAACGGCGCAGGUGGUUGCGUGCUGACGAUGAUCGCUCAGCCCCGUGUGGAAUGUCUUGGGUUUGGCGCUCCAGAGUCUCAGCAGAACAGGUUCGAGGCGGGCAGUGACGAUAACGAUAAGCCUGAGACGGUGAGCCGAAGAGGCGUGCAGAUCUCGGGGAUCCACAUUACCGAAGUAAUUCCCAGUGAUUCCGUAUCUUCUUCUGAGAAGAUAUUUGAACAUUCAAAUGGAGUGCACAAAGAGAAGUAAGAGAAGUUGAAGUACUCUUGUCUUCUCAGCUGGCCCGCAAGCAGCCACCAAGCCAGGAGGGGG